CUGCGCGAGCUCAGAGUCAGAGCACAGCACACAGCUGCACUCCGCAGUCAUCGUUCCUUCGCCAGUGUUUACUGAAUCACCGCCAUGCCUUGUACUUUGCUGAAUCUCUGUGAGUAUGACACGCAAAAACUCGUCAAAAUCAAGAGCGUCCGACUUGGGUCGCUGAAGUGGACGUUAAACGGAGUGAUCUUGAUGUUCAUUUGCAUCAUGAUGCUUUGGAAUAAAGAAUAUCAAGAGUAUGAUCUUGUUGUGAGCUCUGUUACCACAAAGGUUAAGGGAGUGGCAAAGAUAACUACACCCGACAUUGGAGAAGUUGUGUGGGAUGUGGUGGACUACAGUGGACCAUAUCAGGGAAGAAACUCCUUUUUUGUGACAACAAAUGUCAUUGUCACAAAAAACCAAAAACAGGGUAAUUGCCCCGAGGUUCUACCACAUGGGAAACUGUGUCGAACAGAUAAAGACUGUGAGAAAGGGUUUUCUGGCCAACAUAGCCAUGGUGUUCAAACAGGUGCCUGUGUGAAGCUGGACGUACUAAAGAAAACAUGUGAAGUUACAGCUUGGUGCCCCGUUGAGAACAAGAAGAAUCCCAGACCUGCACUUUUGGCAUCUGCAGAAAAUUUCACUGUGAUGAUCAAGAAUAACAUCAGAUUUCCAGCAUUUAAUUACAUAAGAAGAAACAUCCUGCCUGAAAUGAAAGACACUGACCUUAAAGGUUGCAUUUAUAACCGCUACAAAAAUCCAUACUGCCCCAUUUUCCGUUUGGGAGAUAUUGUGAGUGAGGCCAAGGAGAACUUUUCAGAGAUGGCAGUGGAGGGUGGUGUGAUCGGGAUCCAGAUCAACUGGGACUGUGACCUGAACCACAUCUUUCACAGCUGUUUGCCCAAAUACUCAUUUCGACGCUUAGACGAAAAAGAAAGCAACCGAACCUUGUACCCUGGGCUCAAUUUCAGGUUUGCAAGAUACUCUACAGUGAAUGGUGUGGAGCAGAGAACGCUCUUUAAAAUGUAUGGGAUUAGGUUUGAUGUGAUGGUGUUUGGAAAGGCUGGAAAGUUCAGCAUCAUUCAGCUAAUCAUCUACAUUGGAUCUACGCUCUCGUAUUACGCUCUUACAACAGUAUUCCUAGACUGGCUUAUUGGAACCGGCUGUUACUCCAAAGAGGCAAAACAGAACUACACUGAGAGGAAGUUUGAGGCCAUACAGGACAGAGAAGAGUGUUUCCUUUGUGUGUCAUUUGUGGAUGAGGACAAGUUAAGGGUGGUGAAAAAAUCCAGAAGGAAAAGACUUCAGGAGACAAGACCCCUUUCCUUACACCAGCCCAAAAAUGAUUUGGCAAGCAUGAAGACUCUGAUGAGCGUUCUGCAGUGUGGUCAAAGCAGAAGUGAGCCUGUACAGAAUGACAAGAGUGGGUGGCUAAAGGAAGACAAAAAGCUUCCCAGAACCAACAGCAGCAGACAAAGCUCAAACACGUCAUUACUGGAGAUGCCACAGUCUGGGUGUCCGGCCUGGUGUCAGUGUGACUGCUGCUGGCCUACCGACUCCUUGCAGGAGCAGCUGUGCUGUCGGUCGAGGAAAGGGCGCUGCAUAACCUCCUCCCCGCUCUUUUCAACUCUGGUUGUCAGUCGCUCCGUCCUGGAGACCGCUUUGUUCUAUGUGGAUCCCCUAGCAGAGCUGCGUGAGGAGGCUCAGCUGCGCCAUGGGGCCUAUGCUCAAUUCAUUAGAUGGCGCUUUGGUGACAGCACACCCAGAGAUGCUAUUCCAGUAAUACCCAGUUGCUGUAUAUGGAGGAUAAGAGCAGAAUACCCCAGCCCUGAUGGGAAAUACAGUGGCCUUAGACUCUAUCAGGCCGUACCGUCUCAGGCAGACUUCAAUAGAUAAGAUUUUAUCCAUUUUAUGAUUAGACAUUUAAUCACUAUGAUAAUGCCUUAGGUAUAAAAGGGAAUGAUUCAAACUACAGUCAAUAUUACAGUAUAUGAUGAGUCAUUUUUAAAAUUUUAACCUGCAAAGCAACCAAAUGAUGUAUCAUUUUAACCACAAAAAAAUGCUGUCGGGACGUAUUUACUAACACAGAUGCCUUUGAACUAAAAAUCUAAAUGAAACCAGAGGUCAAGCAUGUACAACCAACCUGCUUUACUAAUCAUUUUAAGUUCUAUUAAACACUGAUAGACUCAAACUGUAAUGAAUAAAAAUUCUAUCAUAUAAAAAAAGUUUAGUAUAUACUACCACUCAAAAGUUUGUGGUCAGUUUUUUUACGAAAUAAAUUUUUAUUCAGCAAGAAUGCAUUAAAUUGAUCUAAGAUAGAUGACUUUAAGAUAUUUCACAAAACUAUUAAGCAGCACAAUUGUUUUGAACUAUGAUAAUAAUUGUUUCUUAAUCAGCAUAUUACAGUAAUUUUCUGAAGGAUCAUGUGACACUGAGGAAAAAAAAGUUUUAAGUGCUACUAGUUUUAAGUGCGGUGAAAGUGUCCAAUUCACUGCAUAAGUUCCAUAUGGGGUUGUCUCCAUGGAGCUCUAUAACAGUAUAAAAUAUAGUAUAAUUUUGUGUAAAAAAAAAAAAAAAAUUACUUUCAGAAUAAACUGAUUUAACUUUUACUCACCAGUGGCACACUGUCACCUUUUUGGUUCAGGUGAAUGAAUUUAUGUAUUUAGUAUCCACGGUCUUUCAUGCAAGCAUGGAUCAGUCACAAACAGCAUUCACCUGGGAGGAGUUCAGGAACAACAUGAAAAUACUUGAGCCAAAGACAUUUCACACAAAUAGGUGACUUUUUCAAGUAAAGUACUAAUCAAACAAUACUUUUCAAAAGUUCAGGGUCUGUAAGAUUUUUUGUUUUUUUAAAUGUCUCUUAUGCUUACAAUGGCUGCAUUAAUUCGAUCAAAAAUACAAUUUAAAUGCAUUUAAAAAUAAUA